AUGGAAGGACCUCCUUCUCCCGGGGCAACCCCGGACAACACCGACGAGAAGAAGAAGCGAAACAAGAGUUUCCGCAAGUACCUCCGCGAUCGUGGAGUUGAGGUCCCCCCCGUCGUGCCGAGGGUACGUGACCCUGACCUGCCACCGAAGCGCAAGCGCAACCAGCGCCGCCCUGGAAAGAAGAGGGCCAAGAAGCACAAGGCAGCUGACGCCGCGGCCAAAAGCGAGGACGAUGGGUCCUCUACCAGCUCGCCUGUUGCUGCGCCCUCGCGCUCGCCCAGUGCCUCUCACUCGCCCCGCGCCUCUCACUCGCCCCGUGCUUCGCCGUCUCCGUCGCGCUCUCCCCACGUCUCGCGCCCGCCCGCCCGCGCCUGGGACUUUGGCCUCCACCGUGAAGGAGCCCGCGCCAUCCCCCAGUGA